AUGGGCGCAGGCUGCUGCAGCAGAUCCGUUGAACAAAAUGAAGAUUUAUUAGCCAAAAAAGACUCUACAGAAAAUUCCACUGAUACCGCACCUCCAGCGAAAAUCACUCAAGGCUACAUUUCAAUCGCAAAUCGCUUCAAUAGCACUCAUGUAGAAAAAGAAGCACUUUUUGGUGUUGGAGGUCUUGAAAAUCUAGGGAAAACUUGCUUUGUGAACUCAGCAUUACAGUGCCUUUCAAACUGUCAGCCUCUCACUGAUUAUUUUUUAUCAGGGGUGUAUGAAGACGAAAUCAAUAUAUUCUUUUUUCUAUAAAUAAUAGGUUAUUUAUAUUGAAUUUUGCUUAAAUAAUCAAUUAAUUAUAAGCAAUUGCAUAAUCCGCAUGGGACUCAAGGUGAAUUAACCCUUUCUGUCGCAGAAGUAAUAACAACCCAAUGGAUAGAGUCUUAUGACUGCAUUGUCCCCAAAAACCUGGUCGAGACCAUAUACAAAUAUGGAUCACAAUUUGAUCGUGAAACUGAACAAGAUGUGCACGAAUUCCUCUCUUUUUUGCUUGACAAGAUGCAUGAAGACUUAAAUAGGGUUGGAAAAUCGCCAAUGCUAAACGGCUUAAAGAUUUCUGGAAAUAGUGAAGAGCUCUUACUACACACGUCCUUGACUGAACCGAUUGGUAUUUGUUCGAUCAACGACAGGGGUUAAACAGAUUUUUGGUGAAAAAAUAUAUAACUUAUUAUCCUAAUUUUAUUUUAAAUUAUUAUUAAAGAUAAAUUUAAGGAGGUUUGGGAAUAGGGCUCUUUUUUUAUAUAUUAAAAUCGUUUGAUCAAGGACGGGGUUUUUCUUCCAAUUUUUGGAAUUUUCAAUGGCAUUGCUCGACAAAGAAGGGGACAGUUAGCAGCAAAAGCUUGGCAGGAUCAUUUAAAAGGAAAUUCUUCAGUAAUUGUGGAUCUUUUUCAAGGCCAGCUAAAAUCAACUCUGGUAUGCCAAGAAUGCUCUUAUCUUUCUAGAAAAUUUGACGUGUUUAUGUAUCUAAGUUUACCAUUAACCAAAUUGACGGGAAUGAUAACCCUUCAAGAAUGCUUAAAUGAAUUUACUAACUCAUUAUCCACAUUAGAAUUGUUUACAGGCAAUUAUACGAUAUAAUCUCUAUGAUUCAUUAUCAUUAAAAAUAGUUAGAUUUAUAUAGAUAAUGGAGCCGAUUUACUUUUGAUCAAUAGAAUAGCUCAUUAAGGAUGAGAAUUUCUGCUCCUAAUCGCAAAUAAAUUGUCAUGGUGCCUUUCAGUCAAGGAUGGGAGUAAGGACGAAAAUUUGGAAAAAGGCUGGAUUUGUCCACAAUGUGAAAGGCCUGUGGUUUCUAAUAAAAAGUUUGAUAUAUGGAAAGUCCCACCUAUUUUAAUUAUCCACUUAAAAAGAUUUAAAUAUAUUCAAGGAAACUUCGGCAAAAAUAAAGCCUUUGUUGACUUUCCUGUAUCCUUUCUAAUAUUAUAUUUACCUAUAUCAAUCUUAUUUCAUCUCUAUCCCAUUUUUAUCCAAAAAUAGCAUAGUUGGCCUAGAUUUAUCCGGCUUUGUAUCUAGUGAACAAAAAGAACCACCAAUCUACGACCUUUUUGCCAAAAUCGACCACGAAGGCAAGCUCAAAGCGGGCCACUACUACGCAGUCGCCCGCAAUUGCAGAGACAAUAAAUGGUACAAAUUCGACGACGAAGACGUCUGUGAAACCGAAGAGUCCGAAAUUGUCAAUGAUAAAGCUUACCUCUUAUUCUACCACAAAUCCUCUGUAGGGGAAUUCCACCGCCAAAGCAAAAACAUGCCUGACUUGUGGCCUCACAUUAUGAAGAACUUAGAAAGGAAAAGGAGGAUGACUUAUGAUAUGGGAGAAUCAGCACCACCCUCAGUGGGAUUCAAAAAAGAAUUAUUUGCAGUUAAAGAAGAAAUGGAAGACAGCCAGAUGUUUACAAGGAUCUCAAGGAAAUAA